AUGGCCAGAGAAGUGGACAAUCAUUUGGCUUCGGCUGCUAUUUAUCCAAUUGAUGUCAACUAUACUAUUGCUCUCAAAUCUAUUGAUGGCAUUCACGACGACUAUAGGAAUAAGUCAUUCAAACUGAUGCAAUGGAGUCCUAAACAAAACUCGUCGGACUUCCCCACGGAUUACGUCUCACCGACUGAUCUGUUGAUUGUAAAAGACUCGUAUGAGUUGUGGGCUUUGGAUUUGGAAAGUCAUUUGCAAUAUAUCGUCGACGUUGUGGUGAAUAAAGGCUUUUUGAUGGCUGACAAUAUGUCUGAAGACACGAUUGCGGACAAUGUUUGGUUGAUCGCAAACGAUAAAGACAACGGUGUUGUGGGACUUGUUAAUUGUCUUCGUCUGGAACCGGGAGGCGAUCGGAUCCGCUGUAUAUUUGAUUGCAAUCAUCUCUUCAAUCAAAUUGACUUUAAUUCCAAACCUUUUUCACAAAUUUUGAGCAACGAUUUGGCGAUUAAUGUCCUCCGAAACGGACAGUUAGGCACUUAUAGACACUUAACUUUGCCUAAGAAUUACGACAAGACUCUGUCCAAUGAAUAUUAUUUAAAUAUCGGCCAAAAUAGGGACAUAUCUAGCCUUCAGUGGUUUGAUAAGAGGAAUAUGAGUGAUAAGAUAGAGGGAUAUAAUUUGGACAAUAAACCAGUAAAGUAUAUGAAGUGCAAUAUUUAUAGCUCUGGUAUCAACUUUCGCGAUGUUAUGUUCGCAACCGGUCGGAUAACGUCGGGUCCGUUGAGUCUAAUUAUCGACUGUUUGAUUGGCUUUGAAUUUGCGGGCCGUUUGAAAGAGACUGGAGAAAGGGUUUGCGGGUUUGAUAUGAGUCGUUGUUUUGCCACAAGUAUUAAUGCUAUGAAUACAAUGGUAUCAAAAAUACCCGACAACUGGUCGAUGGACGACGCGGUCACUAUUCUGUCCACUUAUAGCACUGUAUGGUAUGGACUCAUAGAGAGGGCUAUAUUGAGACAAAACGAAAAAGUGUUAAUACAUUCUGCGGCCGGAGGUGUGGGUCAGGCGGCUGUCAAUAUUUGCAAGUAUUAUAACUGCGAUAUCUUCGUUACGGUCGGCACUGAAGAUAAGAAAAAGUUUUUGAUGAAUGAAUACAAUAUCCCGGAGAACAGAAUAUUCAGUUCGAGAGAUAUUCAGUUUAAGUACAAAAUUAAAUCACUAACGGAUGGAAAGGGAGUCGAUAUUGUCCUCAACUCUCUGACCGGCGAUAAACUGGAGGCCAGUUAUGAAUGCGUUGCCGAUUGCGGCCGCUUUGUAGAGAUCGGCAAAUAUGACCUCCAAAUGAACAAACAGUUGGGAAUGUUUGCUUUCUUGAGAGACAUCUCAUUCAUCGGCGUAUCUGUUGAUCAAAAAUUGUUUCUAUCGGAGGGUUAUAUACAAAAGUGGUGGCAAUGGAUGCACGAGAACUCCAAUAACGGAAUGAUUAAACCAAUCAAUAGAACCGUAUAUAAAGCCGAAGACGUGGAGAAAGCGUUUAGAUAUAUGACAACCGGUAAACACAUCGGAAAGAUUGUCAUCAAAAUCAGAGACGAAGAGCCAAAGGAUACAAAAGUUUUCAAUCCUUCAGCUUUUCUCUCGUCGACUGUUAAAACAUAUUUCGAUUCAAACAAAAGCUAUAUAAUAACGGGUGGUUUGGGAGGCUUUGGGCUAGAGUUGGCUCAUUGGAUGAUAGCAUUGGGGGCCAGAAAUCUGGUGUUGACGUCGAGAUAUGGAGUCACAAGUGAUUAUCAAAAGUUUGUGUUUAAGAGAAUUGAAUCGUUGAGCGAUAGGUUUAAAACGUUUGGCACAAACAUUACUGUUUGGACCAAAAGUACGGAAUCUCUCGAAAACACAAAACUUUUGGUUAAAGAGGCCAACAGUUUGGCCCCAAUUGCAGGCAUUUUUCACUUAUCAGUAGUGAUUAACGAUUGUCUGUAUAGUAAUCAUAAUAUCGAUGAAUAUAUCGAGACAAUUGAUUCCAAGACUAAAACAUUUGUAAAUUUGGAUCAAAUCACUCGAGAAUCGGCUAUAGAUUUAGACUAUUUUGUGGUCUUUUCAUCUGUAAGUUGUGGUAAAGGAAACGCCGGGCAAUCAAACUAUGGUUUCGCGAACUCUGUUUGUGAACGCAUUUGUGAGUCCAGACGAAGAGAUGGUUUACACGGUUUGGCCAUUCAAUGGGGACCUAUCGGUGAUGUGGGAGUACUGGCGGACACCGAUAUUGUCAGCCCAUUGGCCGGAAUUGUGAAACAACGGAUCAAUUCUUGUUUAGAUAUUUUGGAUAAAUUACUUCAAACAAAACAUUCAAUUGUGUCGUGUAUUGUGAGAGCUAAACGUCAGACUCAGUCCGGUUCUCGUGAGUCCCGAAUAGUGGCACAGAUAUGGCAGGCGCUAGGCAUCGACCCGAAGACAACUCCCGAUCACUUAACACUCGGGGAGAUAGGAAUGGAGUCUAUGUUUGCGGUUGAGUUACAGCAGGGGUUGGAAAGAGAUUACGACAUCAAAGUGUCGUUGAAUGACAUCAAGAAUGUGACCAUAAGAAUGGUUAAGGAGUUCGAAGCGGGGAAGACGUCUGAAUUGAAACUGUUUACGGAAGAGCUGCGCGACUGUCGCUCAAAGUUAAGUAAAAUCAAGUUUUAA